AUGGUAUUUCUUAAAGAAUUAACAUUACGUCUCAAUGUUUGUGAUCGAUUGACAUUCAUUGAUGCAACACAAUUGAAUAAUGAAAUUCUCAUUCAUAUGCCACGACUUCAAACAUUAACUUUUAAUAUUAUAACUUUCAUCAAAACAUUCAACGGAACAAAUCGAAAGACAAUCAACAACAUUCAAUAUACAUUUUACAAUGGAAAAAACCAUCAACUCGUUUAUUACGUUGAUUUUUAUGCACGUGGAAAGGCUCAAUCUCAUAUCUAUUCGAUUCCAUAUGUAUUAAAUGAUCUGAACAAUAUCAGUAGCAAUUUUCCUGGAGGAUUAUUUUCAUGUGUUCAUGAUAUAUCAUUAAUUGAUAUUGAAUUUCCAUUUGAGCAUGAUUUCUUCUUGAAAAUUAGUCGUUGCUUUCCAUUACUUACUCAUCUAUUUGUCUUAAACAUAGUACCACAAAAACACAAACGACCGUCUCAAUUAAACACAACUGAUCAAAUCUCAUCGAUUGUUGAAUUUCCUCAUCUGACCAGUCUUCGUAUCUCUCAGGGAUGUAUUGAUUAUAUGGAGCAAUUUCUUAUUGAUACGAAUACACAUUUACCACAUCUUGUUGAACUUAAUAUUCAUUAUGAACAUUUAUUAAUUGUAACAGAAAAUUUCACUCGUGAUGCAACACGUAGAAAUUGUGUCAAUGUAGAACAUUUGAUUUCCGACAGAUUAUUGGUACAUUCCAAAGAUUUUUAUUUAUACUUUCCUAAUUGUAAAUAA